AGUUAUGUAUUUAUUUUAUUAUGACUCAGCCUUAUAAGCCAAAUAGCUUCGUUUGAGCUGAAAAUAUGCAGUUGGCUGGUUUAAGUACAAUCGUCUCACUAAAUUUAACAACAGUAGCCCAGUUUGUAAAAACAUAUUUGUAAACAAGACAAAAGUACCUACAUAAAUAUGUAUAAUAUAAUUAAAAACAAAAACGAAAACAGAAGAAUAAACAAAAUCAUUAUUAAAACUGAAAUGUGUCUACCGGAGCACAUGAAGUAGAAACAGUUAAAGUCAAUAAACGUACAUAAAUGUAUACAUAUGUACAUUAGCCACCUUUAUUAUAUUUAUAAAUUAAAUAAAAUAUCUUAUUAUCUUCAUACACACACACACAUACUUGCACAAACGUGUGCAAAUCGCAAGAAAUGAGGUGAGGGCGCAAAAAACGGUUAAGCGAUAAGAUUUUCCUCUCUUACGUACAUUCGAAAGCAGCCGGAAUGCGACUGCGACUGUGUCCACCAAAGAUUUAUGUAUCAGAUAAAAAGUGCCAACCAAUACAUACUUACAUGUAUGUAUGUAUAAUGGGUGUAUGUACAUAGAUACAUUUAUAUUAUCAAUUUAAGAUAUGUAUGCGAAUUUGUUUUUGGUUUUUGUUUUAGCUCAGAUAAAGCAAUGAAUUGUGACGAAUGAAAGAAAUGUUGGCGCUUCAUGGAGUGAAUGCCGCUUCACGGCACCACUUAAAUUUAGUAUUAAAUUUAACAACGUCGAAAGCAUUGUUUUCGCUGUGAUAAUUACUUAGUUAAUGAAAAUUCAUAUUGAAUUAAUUGUUGCAAAAUAAGUGAACACUGUGAAGAUAUAACGAAUUAAACGAAUUCAAAAAAAAAAAAAAAACAAAUAUUUACAUAUUUUGCUUAGACAUGUCUAUUGCAGUCAAUAAUAGUAAUAUAAUACAAAAAUAUUAAUGCAAAUGUAAUAUAAUUAAAUGAAAAUACACAUACACAUACAUACAUCCGAGCGAUGGAUAUGUAUGGCGCGUCAAUCGAAAGAAAAUACAACUAUUUAAAGGAAAAAAAUAAGUAAAAAGAGCAUCAAAAUUAUAAAUUCGGCUUCAAGUAAUACGAAAACGCGUUCGCAUCGGAAAGGCAUUUCCAAGUUAAGUGCCGCAUUGUGAGUACCGCGUAAAACUUGUUUAUUAAACAAAAGAAAAACCGCAAAUCGCAAAAUGUUUCCAAAAGACAACAAAUAAGGUAUAAAAUAAACACAGAGAAAUCAAAAAGCAGACAUACAACACAACAUCCCACCCCACCCCAGAUGGCCGGCUAUCGCUCGCUCCCGCUAGCACCGGUCACCGCCACCGCUGCUAUGGCAGCAGCCACAGUUGCGGCCGCAGCACCGCCGCCCAGCACCGGUCCCACGAUGUAUCACCAUCAGUCGAUGACGGCUAUGUCGAAUAACGGUAUUAUCUAUCAAUCGGCGGUACACGCCUCCAUACACAGUUUGAAUACAGUACAAAAUCAACGUUCUACAACCACACAUCAUCACAUUCUAGCUACGGCGACUGCAACGGCAGCAGCGGUAGCGACCACAACAACACGCCAAUAUGGUGGAGGUGCUGCAGCAUUACAAGUGACAGCAGCAACAGCAUCGCCACCAACACCACCAGCGGAGCCGCCGUCGUUACCACCUGCGCCACCACCUUCUGCGUCGGCAAGUGGCGGCGCUCAAUCGGUGAUGUCAAUUGGCGCGAGCGCUGGUGCUACAGCUCAUCAUGCGUUGGCUUUGGCCUUGCCGCAACAUCACCCACAAACAGCCCACCUCCACCAACAACAACAGCAGCAACAACAACUCCACCACCCGCUUUCACAUCCCCUGGCCCACCAUCACCAUCUGCACCACCAACAACAGCAACAGCAACAACAUUCGCUGCAACAACAGCAAACACAUCAUUCGAUGCAACAUCACCUGCACCAGCAUGCGUUCAAUGCGCAACAGCAUCACCAUCACCACCACCACCAUCAUCAUCAUCAACAGUUGGCGUUGCAUCAGAAUCAUCUGUAUUUCAGCGGUGCGGCAGUUGGUGGGCAUCAUGGACAUCCGCAUCAUCAUCAUCAUCAUCGGCAGAUCUUCAGUCAGAUGCAAGCGGCCAUAAUGCCACUGAAUAUUAAUGGCGAACCUAUCAAACUUCCAGACAAUUUGGAAAGCUUGCCAAGAGCUGACAGUUUCCCGUCACAGCGACAUCGGUGGAAUACAAAUGAGGAAAUCGCAGCAAUUCUUAUCAGCUUUGAUAAACACAAUGAGUGGCAGUCCAAGGAAGUCAGAACUCGACCGAAAAGCGGUUCGUUGCUGCUGUAUUCGCGUAAAAAGGUGCGCUAUCGACGCGAUGGCUAUUGCUGGAAAAAACGCAAGGAUGGCAAAACGACGCGCGAGGAUCAUAUGAAGCUAAAAGUGCAAGGAACAGAGUGCAUCUACGGCUGCUAUGUGCAUUCUGCUAUUCUGCCAACGUUUCAUCGCAGGUGCUACUGGUUGUUACAGAAUCCGGAUAUUGUUCUGGUUCACUACUUAAACGUUCCUUAUCCGGACGAUAAUAAAAUGGCUGUUAUUGCGCCGAGCAUCACACUUUGGGGCGAUAAGAAAGAGUGGACUAAGGACGAGCUUGUUAGCCAACUGAAACCUAUGUUAUCCACAGUUACUUCCGACGAUGAUUCUGAUUCUGGCAACGAUAUUGAAAUAUCGACCGCCGAGACCGUGGAAUCGCUAGUGUGUCAAUUGAUGGAGAAACAGCGUUUGUCGCGUCAAGCUGCUUUGGUCAAGCAGCUGGAUUGCGGCUGCGGUGACGCUUCGUGUGCCGAUGGCAAAACCUGCUCACAUCCAGUUAUGCGGCGACCGACUCUGUUGAAAUCGGUUAGCGAGAAGCGUCUAAGUCUCGGCGAUGGCUAUGGUCAGGGAGCGAACGGCGGUACGCCGAAUGUUGUAGUUGGACAGAAGCUUUACUCGCGUUGGUCGGAGCGUCGUUUGCGCGAUGCCAGCGAACAGCAGCCGCUGCAUCAUCAUCAGUAUCAGCCAACUCACCAUCUACAACAGCAGACUUUGCCGCAGGAGUCGGCGAUUAAAUUCCAAAUCAUUCCACCACAACACAACGAACAACAACAACAACAGGCUUCCUAUCAGCAGCAACAACAGCACUACCGACAGCUGGCUGCGCGCAACAAUAUGCUUUUGCAGCAACAGCAGCAACAACAACAUCAUCAACAGCAACAGCAACAACAACUGCAGCAUCAGCAGCAGCAGCAAUCGAAUUUCAAUCAAACCUCAUCAACAAUUUCCAACAGCAAUCAUAACAAUCAAUUAAAUUUGCAACGAUUUGUAGCUAAUCACAGCACCAACCACAAUCACAAUAGCAACAACAAUAACAUGAACGGCAGCAACAGCAGUAAUAAUGUCAGCAAUGGCAAUAAUAAUAAUUCACAUGUAAAUCAUCGCUUACAAAUUGCAAAAACAACAAUAACAUCCACCUCGGCGGCUGCUGUUGCGGCAGUCAUCGAGCAGCAGGGCGGCGGGGGUGGUGGUGUUAGCAUGGGUGGCGUGACGGCAGUGAAUGAGGGUGAACUAAUUGAAAUUCCCAACCAAAUGUCCACGAAUGCUCAACAAAGCAAUGCCCAUAACACCGUUAACCGCAACAGUAGUAAUGGCAGUGUUGGUGGUGGCGGUGGUGGUGGCAGCGGUGGCAAUUGCAGUCAAUUAGUAUUGACACCUCACCAACAGCAGCAACAACAAACACAGAAUAUAAUAAAUAAUAAUAGCAAUUACAAUUUCAAUAAGCAUCAUCAGCAGCAGCAACAGCAACAACAACAGCAGCACCAGCAAAGUGAUGCUUUAUCAUCUUCCACUUCUUCCACGCAACAGCAAGAUUUCUACAACAGACUGCAGCAACAACAACAACAACAACAAAAACAGACAACGAAUGACAUAAAUAUGUCCUCCGUCAGCAACCCUGCCUCCCAAUCGCAAUCGCAACAGCAACACCAGCAAAUGCAUCACCCUCAAGCGCACUCGCAACCCUCAAUGCACACACAACAACCACCACCACAACAACAGCAACAACAACAACAUUCACAGCAACAACAACAAUCAGCAAGUACAACGACAUUGAAUAUUUCCUCGACGACAUUUGCAUCGUCAUCGCCGCCGUCAUCCACGUCGUUGUCGACAGUAGAACCAAUGUGCAUGUCACCGGAGCAUCAGCCUUCGACACCAGUUAGCCCGAACACACUAGGUUUAAGUAGCAAUAGCGAUCCCUUGCUGCAACACCAACAGCAACACACACAAGCACAUGCGGCGUCUUCAUCGACGACGGCGUCUGCAUCACCCUCGGCCCAGCCGAUUAUGAAUGAUAAUGUGGGUCAUCAUAAACAAUCGGCCAUUGGCGAUGCAAUGGCUGCCGAGACCGCAAGAGUUGAUGAAAAUUUAAUUGGCGAACAUGCAAGUGGACUCAACGAAUUAAAUGCGGCGACGGUGGAGCAUGGCGAUGCGGUAGAGAUGUCGUCCGGCAGUGAUGUUAAACAAAUUACGAAUACUUCCAAAAAUAACAGCCACAACAAUUGUAACGGCAACAAUCAAGUAACAGAGUACAACAGCAACAGCACUACAGAAGGUUGUGUAAAUAUUGGUGCUUCCAACGAUGGUGCCACGGUAAACAAUGUACAACAACAACAACAGCAACAAGAAAAUUGUGAAACAGAACAACAACAGCAACAAACACAUGCAAUUGACUUCGAAUCACUGGAAUUGAGCAACAAUGGCAAUACCGUUAGUAGUCAGCAGCAGCAGCAACAGCAACAACAACGGCAACCAGCUUCACAUUCCACACACGAUUUAAACGAUUCACUGAGCUUCCUUAAUGAGACACUCGAUCUCUCGCAGGAAGACAUACAACGCACGCUCAUAGCGAAUAUGCCUUUCGGUGCGGCGAAUCAGAAAAUGGCAGCCUCAGCUGCGGCGGCCGCGGCAGCAGCAGCAGCAGCAGCGGCUGUAGAGGCGCAAAUGCUAAGUUCCAUAGAUUUUUUGGGUGGUGAUUGCGCAGCUCAGAGUGACGAUGAGAUACACGUACCCGGCGUUAGUUGCGAGGGGGACGAUGAAGAUGCUGACGAUGUGUUUGCCAAUUUGGAUGCAUUCGAUAUGUUAGUUGAAUUUCCCGAAUUGGACCUGGAUGACAAAGAAGCGUUAUCCAAUACUGUGCAGCAGCAGCAGCAGCAACAACACCAGCAACAACUACACGCUCAACAACAGGCUGCUAUACACAGUUCGUUAGACUCACAACACAACAGCAGUCAACUCCACUGCAACGCCGACUUGGAGGGUGGCAAAAAGUUACUAAACAUUUGUGAUUUCAGUCCUGAAUGGGCAUACACAGAGGGCGGCGUAAAGGUGCUCGUAGCUGGCCCAUGGACUGCAAACGCUACCUACACGCUGCUUUUCGAUGCGCAACCGGUUCCGACGCAGCUAAUACAGGAAGGUGUCUUACGCUGCUACUGUCCACCGCACGAGGCCGGUUUCGCUACGCUGCAGGUGUCCUGCAACAACUAUGUGAUCUCCGAUACGGUGCUGUUCGAGUACAAGACGACGUUGUGCCACGAAAUGCCCUUCGAUGCGCACACCAACGAUUGCCUGUACAAGUUCACGCUGCUCAAUCGGUUGGCAUUGAUAGACGAAAAGAUGCAGGUGAAAGCGGAGGCGUCAGUGACCCUGUUUGAGCAACAGACACUUUUGCUACAUAAGAACUUUGAAGAGCAGUUGGUGAGCUAUUGCCAACAGCUCAUGAAACGAGCUUGGCUAUUGAAUGGCAGCAACUGGAGUAGCGGAUUCAAAGGCAUGACUCUGUUGCAUUUGGCCGCGGCGCUUGGCUACUCCAAGCUGGUUUGUGCUUUGCUUAAUUGGCGCACCGAGAAUCCGAACAUCAUACUCGAGACGGAGAUUGAUGCACUGAGUCAGGAUGUCUACGGUUAUACGCCGCUGGCUUGGGCUUGUGCACGAAAUCACGUGGAAAUGGCCACCAUACUGUACAAGUGGAAUCACAAUGCUUUGAAGAUCAAGGACAAUGUUCAGCAAACACCACUGGAUAUUGCUAACUUCAAGGGGCAUAAAGCCCUCAUUUCGGAAAUCUGUCGUCUAGAAGAGGAACGCGUCAAACAAACUAAGAAGAGCACCUUUGGCAAUCUAUCGCUCAGUCUAAAUAAAUAUUCCCUAACUGAUAUACACUCAAAAUCAUUGAACACCAACGAACAAUUAUACGAUGUCAAAGACAACGAACACGUUUUCACUACAUUCGACGCCCUGGAUAUGCAACGCAGUCAUGAUGGUGUCUUUUUGCGCCCCGUAGCUGUGGCAAGCAAUCAAAGUCCACCGAAUGCCAGUCGCUUUUCGAAACGCUCGUCCGUCGAUAGUGGAAUCAAUAUGGAUAUACGAACAAAGCCGGGCAAAUCCUUCAAGGACAUAACGCGCCUGCAAAGUUUUGAUGCACAUGACAAUUUCAAUUUGGCCGUGGAGUCAUCUUUGGACACGCUGGCCGCCACAAAUACAACGAAUUCCUUGCUGUCGCCAUCACGCAAAAUGGACUUUGCAUUGUGCGAGGUAUCAACUGGCGAUUCAAGUCCCUUACCCGACAAAGAUCACGAUGAUACAUCAACGAUCAAUAAUGAUGAUGUAAACGAUGUGACUAUAAGUAAUGAGAACGAUGCUAUUGUAGGGGACUCUGAUGCCAAAGUGCUCACCCUGGCAGAACACAUCAUCGCCGCUAUGCCGGAGCGUAUAAAGAAUGAAGCGGAUGAGAUGAUGGUGCUUGGCAGUCCGCUUACUGAACCGCUCAACUCAGAUUCGCCCAGCUUAAAUAAUGGUUUUAUGGAUCCACUCGAUUCGUUGCCGAAUACACACUUUGAGAGCUUCGAUUUCAAUGAUCAUAGCUACCGUUAUCAUGAUGUUAGCACACCUUGUUCGAGUCUGAGUCCUGCUAGUUCCGGACCAUUGCAAUCACCAGCCAGUUACUCCAUACUGGGCGCGGAUCCGUCUGUUAGCUCGCCAAGUCCACCACCCUCAACCAAACAGUUGACCGAAUUUUUGCAUGCCUCCAGCAGUAGCCAGUAUCCGUUUGAGGCAGAUUUCUCGAAGCUGACGUUGACAGACACCGAGCAACGUGAAUUGUAUGAGGCUGCCAAAUGCAUACAGAAAGCAUAUCGCUCGUACAAGGGCCGCCAGAAGCUAGAGGAGCAGAAUAAGGAACGCACUGCCGCUAUAGUCAUACAGAAUUACUAUCGUCGUUAUAAGCAGUACGCCUACUAUCGUCAAAUGACCAAUGCCGCUCUGGUCAUCCAGCACGGCUACCGUUCGUAUUGUCGCAAUAAACGUUUCAAGAAAUCGCAAUCAUCCUCGAUGUCGACGGGCAUUGAAUUGUCUGCUGGCGAUAGUCAGAGCAGUCCCACUUCGCAGUGUUUGUCGAGUUUCUACGAUCACUUUCGCAACGAUCAGCAGCAGCAGCAACUCAACGAAUUCAAUUCACAGCCGAGCACACCAAAGGAGACAAGUCCAUCCGGUCCAUUAAAACGUACUUACUCACAAUCAACGCAAAAUCAAGCUGCCAGAAAAAUUCAACAGUUCAUGAGACAAUCACGGAUUAAACUGCAGAGAGAACGAGCCGAAAAAGAGAAGCUGGUGCACCAACGCAGGGCGGAAUACCUUCAAAGCUUGCAGUUUCAAGGACAACCGGAAAUUGUCAGCCCAACCGAAACAAAUGAAAUGGCUGCUGCGUCUACCACAAAUGAGCUUGUCAACCACAACAAUACCAACAACAACAGUAACAAUUGCAGUAAUGUUUUUGCCUUCAAUUUGAAUCUAUAACAACAAUGUAGAAGCAAAUAGGAUUAGAAUCCAGUGAAAGCACUUUUGACAUGCGCAAGCUUAAUUCGAAUGUGAAAGCGCUUUUCGCUUUUUAAAGUUUGACGCGAGAAACAUACAUGAAAGUUAUUUUUAAAUGUGACAGCUCCUUCGACUUAUGAUAGUUCUUUUUAUAUGUGGAAGCUCUACUUAUUUGUGAAAGCUUCUUUUAUUUAUGAAAGUUCUUUUUAAAUGUGAAAGCUCCUUCGACUUAUGAUAGUUCUUUUUAUAUGUGGAAGCUCUACUUAUAUGUGAAAGCUUCUUUUAUUUAUGAAAGUUCUUUUUAAAUGUGGAAGCUCUACUUAUAUGUGAAAGCUUCUUUCAUUUAUGAACGUUCUUUUUAAAUGUGGAAGCUCUACUUAUAUGUGAAAGCUUCUUUCAUUUAUGAAAGUUCUUUUUAAUCGCGAAAGCUCUUUUCACCCAUGAAAGUUCCUUUUAAAUGUGUAUGUUUUUUCACCCAUGAAAGUUCUUUUGAAACGUGAAAGCUCUUUUCACAUAUGAAAGUUCUUUUUAAACGUGAAAACGCUUUUCACCUAUAAAAGUUCUUUUUAAAUGUGAACGAUUUUUCAGCUUUUCAAAGCUAUCUGUGUGAAAUAUAUGCGAACGCUUUUUGACUCAUCACAAUUUUUCACAUAUGAAAGAUUUUUCACCUAUGAAAGCUUUUUCGUAUCUGAAAGUUCUUUUUAACCGUGAAAGCUCUUUUCACCCCUGAAAGUGCUUUUUAAACGUGAAAUCUCUUUUCACGUAUGAAAGUUCUUUUUAAACGUGAAAGCUCUUUUCAUCUAUGAAAGUUCUUUUUAAGUGUGAAAGAUCUUUUCGCUUUUUAAAGCUUUUGGAGUGAAAUAUAAAUGAACGAUUUUUUAUUUAUGAAACUUUUUCACAUAUGAAAGCUUUUCCACCUAUAAAAGUUCUUUUUAAUCGUCAAAGCUCUUUUUACCUAUAACAACUUUUUCGCAUAUGAAAGUUCUUUUUAAACAUGAAUGCUCUUUUCACUCAUGGAAGUUAUUUUUAAAUGUGAAAGCUCUUUCAUAUAUGAAAGUUCUUUUGAAACGUGAAAGCUAUACUUAUAUGGGAAAUCUCUUUUCACCCAUGAAAGUUCUUUUGAAACGUGAAAGCUCUUUUCACCCAUGAAAGUUCUUUUUAAACGUGAAAGUUCUUUUCACCCAUGAAAGUUCAUUUUUCAAUGUGAAAGCUCUUUUCACCUAUCAAAGCUUUUUGUCACAUAUGAAUGUUCUUUUAAAGCGCGAAAGCUCUUUUCGCAUUUGAACGCUGCUUGCGUCGAAGCGCCAGCUAGAAUGGCACUUCAUCGUUUACAACUGCUACUCAACAUUUAUCAAAAUGUAACAAAAUUGAGACGUCACACUAAGGCUUAUAUACUAUACACAUGAAAAACAUACAUAUAUAUAUAUACUUAUAUUGGUAUUGGUUAUAUACUCUAAUACAUAAAUAGGUACUUACACAUACAUUUGAAAUAAAUGAAGGUAUAUAACCCACGACUAAUUGUAAAUCUUUGAAUAGCUUUAUUAAACUGAGUGAAACUUUCUAUUCGAAACUUUUUGAAAUAGAAUUGUAGUACUUUUAAUUUAUUGUAUUGUACUUUAUUACUUCUAAAGAGACAAAGAGACAGUGUACAGUGAAUGUACGUGAAUUUAAUAUUUAAUUUUGCUAUUGCACGAUUCUGUAGAAAACUUAGUAUUUUCUUCUUUCAAAUGCAGUUCCAAACAAAAGUGUAAACGAAAACUUAUAUUUAAAAGUUCAAACAAAAAGAACGAAAAAACCAGGAGUUAAAGAAGAAGAUUGUUUCAUAUUUAAUACAAUUUAUGCACCCAAACAUAAAACUUUUUUGCCUUCUAAAUAUAUUUAUAUGUAAGGAAUUAACUAAACUAACUACUAACUAACUAUUAAAUCGAUUAACUACUUAUGUAUAACAACAAAUAUAACAACAAGAACAAAGAACAUCAAACACUUUUUACGAAUUGUAGGAGUUUUUUCUCUUUUCUAAUAAUUAAGCAAUCAGUCGUUUAAGUACUAAGAAGAAUUUUUGAAUACGUAUAUACCUACUUACCCUAAAAGUAUGCAGUAAAAUUAUUGUGCAAAAUAGCGAUGGUCAAUGUUACUUAGUUUCUUUCGAUUGUACAAAACUGUACUAGCUAUUUUUUCGCUUUUUAAUUGUAUUGUCCGAAGAAGAAGAAGAAGAAGAGGAAGAUAAGUAGAAAAAUGUACAAGUAAGGGAGCUACUUGAAUUUGAAUGAAAAUGAAAAUGAAUUUGAAUUUGAAACAUAAAAUUAAUUCGCAAAACUAAGAGAACUUAUUAAUGAAGCCUUUGAAACUAUAAAUAAACAAAAACAGAAAACUAAACGAAAAAACUGAAAGAAAAAAUUAAAUCAACUUAACUGAAACUAUUUAGCAGAAUUUAAAAUAAAAAAAAAAAAUUAAAAUAUAUAAAUCAAUAAAAUAAAAGCAAAAAUAUUAGAGAAUUUAGUAAAACACCUUGUAAAGAACUUUUUAAACACUUGCAUGCAGUGAACGAGAGCUCUAUUUAUAUUGUACAUACAUACAUAUAUACAGAUAUAAUUACUUAAGCGUAUAUGUAUGUGUAUCAUAUUUUAAAUUAGCAAACAAAAACCAAAAAAUUAUCCAACUGUAGGCAAAAAGGCACUUUCGAAAUGCGUUCAUUGCGUUACUUGGCCAAAAAGCGACAGUGCAGAUGGAAAAGGGGGAAAAACAAAAAUAAAUAUUGAAAAUAGGAAGAAUGAAAGUUCGUUUUUAAAAAACAACUACUCUGUACUACAACUAACUACGUAGAUAAAUAAAAAAAUAUAUAUAUUUAUGCUUUUAAAUUUUUCAAAAAAAAAAAAAAAGAAAAAUGAGAAAAAAAAGCAUAACUCGAUAAACUUAUACAUAUAUAUCUACUAUGAAAAUCUAUAAAUAUUUUAAUGAUUACGCCAUAAAUACUUAGAAUUUGAAAUGAUUUCUAAAAUCAAAACCGUAAAACUGAACUUAAAUUAAAACUUAAAAUUAAAAAUUUAAAAUAUAUAGAUUUUUGAAAACUUAAACUUCAUAAAGUGUUGCCUUGGCAGCCAUGUUUGAAACAAAACAAAAAAAAAAAAACAAAAAAGCGAAAAAAACACAACAAAAACCAAGAAUGUGCUUACGGAAACGCAAAGGACUUGCACUGAGUGGGCGCGCGGAGCAGAAAAUGUAGUUAGAAAAGUUAGGUUUUUGCUGCACGCAGAGCAUGGAAUUGAGUUGAAAUCUAUUGAAUUGAAUUGAAAAGCAAAAGUAUUCUUAAAAAACUAAAAAAUUUUAAAUUUAAAAAAUGUUUUUAAACUACGCUAGCAAAAACAUUUAUUUUUAAAUGUGAUCAUUAUAUUAUGCUCCCCUAUUUAUUAAAUUAUAUAAAAUAUUCCUAUUACCUUAUAUGAAAAUAUAAUCAAUAAAUAAAGUAAAAAAAAUAAAAACUUAUCAACUUAUCUUUAUUAAAAUCAAUAAAAGAAAAAAAAACAACAAACAAAUACAGAAAUAAACUUUUUAUUGCUAUUGCUAGUUUAUAAGACGUUUUCAAACUCUACUCUCACACGCUAUUCUAAACUAUUUCAAUAACAACAAAAAACAGCAGCAACUAAAUAACACAUAAACCAGAGUUUACUGUACUAUCCUUGAAAAUGCAUACAUAAAUAAGGAAAAAAUUAAAUUUUAUAUAAUUAUAAUCUUGUAGUUAACAUUUUCUACUACUUUUAAAUUAAACUUCUG